AUGCCCAUUGACUUUUACUACCUGCUCAUCUCCCCGCCCUGCCGCGCUGUGAUGCUGACGGCCGAGGCGGUGGGUGUGAAGCUCAACAUGAAGGAGCUGGACAUUUUCAAGGGGGAGCAGAUGAAGCCAGAGUUUGUGGCCCUCAAUCCUCAGCACUGCAUCCCCACACUGGUGGAUGGCGACUUUGUCAUCUGGGAGAGCCGACCCACAUGCUCCUACCUGGCAUCAAAGUAUGGCAAGGAUGACUCGCUCUUCCCAAAUGAUCCUCGUGCCAGAGCUGAAGUGGAACGACUCAAUUACUUUGACAUGGGCACACUCUUCCAUCGCUUCGGGGAGUAUGUGUUCCCAGUAAUGUUCAGAGGUGAGAAGGAAUUCAACCCAGACAAGCUGGAACGUUUACAGGAAGCUCUUGGUUGGCUGGAUGGCUUCCUCUCGGGCAACAAGUUUGCUGUUGGUGACAAUAUUACCAUUGCUGACCACACUCUCUUGGCCACUGUCUCUACCAUAAAGGAGGCAAAUGUGGACUUGAGCAAGCAUGCCAACAUCCUUGCCUGGCUGGAGAAGUGCAAGGCUGAGGUGCCAGGCUAUGAGACCAAUCAAAAGGGUGCUGAGGAUUGGGGAAAGUUCUUCAAGUCUCGUUGCAACUUGUAAGCAUUAGGGUCAUCUGUAGCAGUCCCAGAUGAGUGCACUGUUAACAGUGGUGUAUGUGAAAAGUUAUGUACCUAUUUAAUGGUUUAAUGGUUUGUUACCAGUGUCCUCCAUGAAGUGUUGUUUGAUGUUACCAAUGUUUGAUGUUAUGCAGACUGGUGUUGGUUGUGUGAUAUGUUGUAUGAGUGAUAUUAUUGAGUGUACUUUGUAAAGCAACAAGAAAAUACAUAAAUAAAAAUAAUCAACCUCG